UAUUCUACGUACAUACGUGUGAUAAAUAAGUUUGAUGAGACAAUUAAAUGGAAGCAAUUAAUUUUAAAUCACGAGAAAGAGACAACUACCGUUGAAAGAGGCGCCUGAAAUCUCGAUGAGAAUAUAACGAGUUUCAAAGAGAAAAUGGCGGCCGAUAUAUCGAAGCGGGAGUUAGUUAAUCGAGAAUCGCGGGGAGUCGACUGGAGGCCAGUCGAUCGUAGAUCGUUGCGCGUGUGUGAUGUACACUAUCGCGUAAGGAGUAACUUUAUUUACCAAUUUAGAGUGCCGAUGUGCGGUGAGAAGCGUUAAAUGUUCGUGGAAAAUGUCGAAUCCCGGCGGUAGCAGGAGGAACGGGGCCAUGAAGAUUCGUUUGACGAUUUUAUGUGCCCGUAAUCUUGCCAGAAAAGAUCUAUUUCGCCUGCCUGAUCCCUUUGCUAAAAUAACCGUUGAUGGUUCUGGUCAGUGUCACAGUACAGACACUUGCAAGGCUACAUUAGCCCCUAAAUGGAACCAGCACUAUGAUUUAUAUAUCGGGAAAAAUGAUGGUAUUACAAUAUCAGUGUGGAAUCAUAGAAAAAUUCAUAAGAAACAAGGUGGUGGCUUUCUAGGAUGUGUGCGUAUAUUAUCAAACACAAUACAAAGAUUGAAAGAUACUGGUUAUCAACGUUUAGACCUUUGCAAAGCUCAUUCCGAAGAUACAGAUGUUGUUAAAGGGCAAAUAGUUGUGUCUUUGUUAUCUAGAGAUGGACAUAAUGGUGCUGUGAGUAACACAGUUGGCCAUAAUGCUGUAGUUGAUGUUCUUGGUGAUUUAAGUUGUCCAACUGACUUACCAGAUGGAUGGGAAGAAAGAAGGACUCGAAGUGGACGAUUAUAUUAUAUCAAUCAUUACACCAGAACAACGCAAUGGAUUCGUCCAAAUACUCGGCCUAGCAAUGCUAUUAUACCAACUACUCCAGAACCACCACCGUUACCUAAUUCAGAGCCUACAUCUCCCAGUGGCAGUGGUAGUCCACCAAAUGUUAGGACAGAUAGUCCUACUGUUCUACAAGGCACACCAGAAUGGAAUGGAGAAGGAGCGUCUAGCAGAACUCCUAGUAGAGAUAGUUCAGCUCAAAAUACUCCUAGAAAUACACCAACUCAACAACAAAAUAGGAAUCAACAAAGUCAACAACACAUAAGAAAUACUCCACCAUCGUCUGCAAUAAGAGAUCGGCGACCUGUACGAAGCAAUGAUGAACAAAAUGGAAAUCAAAAUGCGAACGGCCGUAUAGAACGUUCUAAUAAUGGUCAACCACGAAGGCCUAAUCGAAGCAACAGAAAUAGGAAUAAUGCAGUACUCAGUGCUGAAAGAAGAAACGAACCUCUUCAACCUAUGGAUUUACCACGAGGAUAUGAAAUGAGGAAAACCCAACAAGGACAAGUAUAUUUUUAUCACGUUCCGACUGGAACAUCAACAUGGCAUGAUCCCCGAAUACCACGUGAUUUACCAGCCAAUGAAUUGGCAAGUGAACUUGGGCCAUUACCUAGUGGAUGGGAAAUGAGACAGACUCAAAGCGGACGUGUAUAUUUUGUAGAUCAUAAUAACAGAACAACACAGUUUACAGAUCCUCGGCUCUCUAGCCAAAUCAUAAGUAACCUGUUAAAGAGGCAAAACAACAGCACAAAUAAUCAAGUUUCUGGAAAUCCUAGUAAUUCACCUACAACAGCAAGUGAAUCAGUAGCAGUGGAUACUCUUGUAUCAUCUGUACCUCAAUCUUCCACUAAUCAGCAAAGGCCAAGAAUUGAAAAUGGAAGCAAUAAUAAUUCACCAACAUUGGAAACCUCAACACCGCAAACGCAGACUGUAUCAGAUUUGCCAAAAGAACUUAUGGAGAGUGAACUUCUUCCAAAAUAUAAGCGAGAUUUGGUAGCUAAAUUAAAAUGUCUAAGAGCAGAAUUAAAUGCACUUCAACCACAAAGUGGACACUGUAGAUUGGAAGUAUCAAGAAAUGAAAUAUUUGAGGAAUCUUACAGACUGAUUAUGAAAAUGCGUCCAAAAGACAUGCGUAAAAGACUUAUGGUUAAAUUUAGAGGAGAAGAAGGUCUUGAUUAUGGUGGAGUAGCACGAGAAUGGUUAUAUUUGUUAUCACAUGAAAUGUUAAAUCCUCAAUAUGGACUGUUUCAGUAUUCAAGAGAUGACAAUUAUACAUUACAAAUAAAUCCAGAUUCAGGGAUAAAUCCCGAACAUUUAUCAUACUUUCAUUUUGCUGGUAGAAUUAUAGGAAUAGCAGUUUUUCACGGGCAUCAUAUAGAUGGUGGUUUUACCACUCCAUUCUAUAAGAUGUUACUAAAUAAAGCUAUUACUCUCAGCGAUAUAGAAGGAGUUGAUCCUGAAUUGCAUAGAAGUCUUACAUGGAUGUUAGAAAAUAGCAUAGAUGGUGUCUUGGAUGCUACAUUUUCUGUCGAACAUAGCAGUUUCGGGGUCUUGAAAAAUCAUGAAUUAAAACCUGGUGGAAAAGAUAUACAAGUCACAGAAGAAAAUAAAAGGGAAUAUGUUCGAUUAUAUGUAAAUUAUCGAUUUAUGCGUGGAAUCGAACAACAAUUUUUGGCAUUACAAAAAGGGUUUCAUGAGUUGAUUCCCCCACCAUUAUUAAGGCCAUUCGACGAACGUGAAUUGGAAUUAGUUAUUGGAGGUUUAGGUACUAUUGACAUAAAUGAUUGGAAACUGCAUACAAGAUUAAAACAUUGUACACCCGAAACACCUGUAGUAAAAUGGUUUUGGCAGAUAGUAGAAUCUUAUGGAGAAGAAAUGAGAGCAAGAUUGCUUCAAUUUGUUACUGGCAGUUCGCGAGUUCCAUUACAAGGAUUUAAGGCUUUACAAGGCUCAACAGGAGCUUCAGGCCCACGUCUUUUCACAAUUCAUGCUGUAGAUGCACCUAGUGAAAAUUUGCCAAAAGCACAUACUUGUUUUAAUAGGAUAGAUAUUCCACAAAGCUAUCCAAGUUAUCAAAAAAUGUUGGAUAAACUUACACAAGCUGUUGAAGAAACUUGUGGAUUUGCUGUUGAAUAAUAAGGAUUGUUAUAAGUUUGCAGAUUUCUUAUACUGACAAAAUUAUCUCCAACAUACCCCAUCACUGCCCAAUACAUACAUAUAUUUGUAUUUAAAACUUUGUUUUCAUUAUGAAUGCACAAAUAAGAUGAUGUUGGAGUAUUCAUGAUAUUCUUUUGUACCACAAACAUGGACUGAAAUUACAAUAUCGUUUAUUUAAAAAAUUGAUACACAUAAAAAUAAGUUCGUGCAUGUAGUAGUAUAUAACUGCCUCUUAGAGUUUUCGGUAUACUUAAUAAGAUGAGUAUAAACAAAACAAAAAUGCAGGUGUCAAUUAAUCCCUGUAUUCAUAUAUUUUUUGAGUAGCACAAAAUUAGAAAUGUACAGUCAGAUAAAUGAUAGUUAUUGUAAAAAAAAAUUGUUCUAAUGAAUACUAUUAUAAUAUUAGAUAGUAACAGUGAUGGGAAACUAGUAUUUAAAGUUGUAUUAUUUAUAGCGGUCCAUGGUGUCUAUGGGAAAUAUGAGUAAAAUUUGUACAUAUGUAUCAGUAUAAUUAUGAGAGCAGUUACGAAGUAUUUCUGUCAUAUAUAAUUACUAGCAGAGAAAAACAUCUUAGUUUAACAAUAAUGUGAAAGAAUGAAAUACAUAUAUAUAAAAUAAUGUACUUUAUAAGUAUAUUAAAAACUUUGUAAUAGAAACCUUAUAAAUUUUCUUAUUUUUCAGAUUUAACAUUUUCUUUUACAUUUAAUAUAAAAGCAUAAAAAAAAAAACACAUGUAUAUAAAUUUGAAGUUUAAUAAUAUGUUUUUAUAUCAAGACUUAGAAGUAAAAGUAGCAUUUUUAUUAAUAAUCAUCAUAUGUAUAUACAAAUAUGUAAUUCAUUUUCUAAACUAAGAUAUUUUCACUCUGGAUUUUUCUGCAAUAUAACACUUAUAUUAAAAAAUUGCUUAAUGCAAUUGAUAAGAGUUGUUAUUGCUGUGCAAAUUAUGACAUGAAGAUUAUUAUUAUUGCUUGUUCAAAGGUGGUUAGUACCAAACGAUAUAACAAGUUGUAUAUAAUUUAGUAAAGCUUAAUAUAAAAAUAAUAUAGUACCGUAUAAUGUCUUAAUCAGAUAGUUGACAAGACGUUAUAAAAUGCGUUUAUUCUAGCAUACAUUGUGUACACUAGCUUUAAUUUAAAAUUUAAGAAAAUAGUAAAUUUAUAAAAUCAUACAUGUGCAUCUAUUAUAAUGUGCUUGUAUUGAUUCUUUUGCUUGUAAUCACACACAUGCCUGUAUCUUAUAUUGAGAUAAUGGGGUAGGAUAUAAAAUAACCUUUUAUUUAUCAUACAAACCCUUCGUCUAGAUACUAAUAUUUGACUCGAAUAUUGUAAAGAUAUUUAGUAUCCAAUAGCACUAAUGAUCGUUUUGUAUUAUUAUAUUGUUAUGUUCUAAUAUUAUGUGCACAUAACUGUGAUCAAACAUAUCAUAAAAUGAGAUUGAAUAACGAAUGGAAUAUCUAAAAAAAAAUAUUUUACAAACCAUGGAAAAUUGGUAGAUUGAUUUCAUUUUUAUAUAAAUAAUUAUUUUGAUAUUUAUGUUUUCCUAAUCUUACUUCAAAAUGAAACGAGCAUAUAUAUGCCUCAUUAAAAUUAAAACAAAUUAUUAUGUAUUAUUGACAUUUCUGCAAUAGAAAAUAUCCAAUGUUCAUAUUUAAGUUUUAGCUAAGUUUACAAAGUAUUGUUAACAUUCCAAAAAUCACUGCCUUUCUAUUGUACUUGCAUACAGAUAUCAGUGGGAAUGGAAUGCUAGUAACACUUUAUAAUAUUGGCUAAGAGAUAUGAUUAAAAACUAAUAUUUGCCAAUUUGGUUAUUAUGGAAACGUAGUUAUUGUUAUUUGUAUUGAUGUUUAUGUAAGAGUAGUCACAAAGUUUUAUACUUCAAAUUUUGAUGUUUAUUCUAAUGAAGGAAUAAGUUAAUAUUGCAAUUCGUAGUAAACCAAAUUAUAAAUAGAAGGUUAAUUGUUUUUAAAUUAACAUAAUUUAAAAAAAAAAAGAAAAUGGUAUAAUUCCUUGAUUUAUUGCAACUUUAAAAUUGAUAUAGUAUCUUACUUAUAAUUAAAUAUAUAAAAUAUGACAAAAGCAGUAAACGGACAACAGAAAGAUAAUUAAAAAAGGUAAUCAGAUAUAUGCACCGUUGCACAUAAUGAUUUUCUUUUUGUUAAAAUAAAGGGUACUAAAUUUUUAGUUAUAUGCUAUACUGUUAAAAAUAUAUUUUUUUUAUAUGUGAUAAUACGGGAGAUCUUUAUUAAAAUUUUUUUUUUUAUUUAGAUGAGAAGUAGGCCUUAAUAGUGCCUUGCAUAUAGUUACUGCUUUUGAGAAUUUUAUAGUAUCAAUAUAUUUUUACGAAAAGGAAGUGGUGCAUUUGAAUUUCAAAUUUAGAUAUGAAUUUCAUUGAGAAUAAUGCUUGAUUCAUAACAUAUCAUGAUCUUUAUAAAGAUUAUAAAAAUCUUUGCAGAGUUUAUUAUGAUUUUUUAAUUAAUAUAUUGUAUACAUAUACUAUUAACAAGAUAAAGAUACAAAUAAUUAAAGAACUAUUUUAAAAAAGAGAUAUGUAUAACACAACAAAAGAAUUAUCUUUCGAUUGCUGUUAUGUCAAAAUGUACAAUACCAAAAUCAAAUAUAUAUAAAAAUAUUUUGAAAUAAUAUUUUGAAAAAUAAUCUCUUAGACAAAAAAAAUAUUUAGAUCAAUUUACUUAUAUAAUUUUACGAAAUUUAAGUAAAUAAAUAAUAUUGGUAUUGUUCACAUAAAAAAAUAUAUAUAUAUUACACGAUUGUUAAAUGCUUUUAGGAAAAAUAAAAUGAUAGAUUUAUGAACUUCUUAAUGAACAUCAUGUCUCAAAUACAGUUUAAGGUGUUAUGAAAAUACAGAAAAUAAGACAAUAUCCUUAAGGAAGAUGUAGCAUGACGUAUUGAUGAAAAGCAUUUUAUUUAAUACUUAGCCUUAACUUCCUAAAAAGAUUUCACAAAAUGAACAUUUAAAUCUAUUCAUAAGUACGUAAACGCAAUAAAUUCAUAUAUUAUUAAUAUUUUGAAAUACAAUAAUGAACAUUUUUCAUAGAAAAUAAUACAAAGCACGAUUGUCAAUUGCGCUAUUGCAAUUUCUGUUCUUGAUCAAGAAAAAUAUUAUAUAAUAAUUUAUAUAUUAUAUAUUUCAUUCUCUAUAGUUAUCGACAUUACACACUAUCUCAUUUCCAAGAUUGUUCGUUUACGAUAGCUAAGUCAAUCAGUAAAGUUCAUGUGGUAUUAAUCGUCAUUUCUUAGUCCGUCGAUGGUUCGACUAAACAAGAAGAAUGGUUAGAAAGCCAAUUGUAUUAGAAAGAGAGAGAAUAUAUAGCACUGUUAAUAAAUUAAGAAUCGUUUUAUAUAAGAACGAUUUCAUAUUAGAGUAUAUCAAACUCAAUCCAUCGAUCUGUCGCUGUUCAUUGAUAUAAUAUGUAUAUUUAUGAAACAGCACUAUUGUUACUAAACGAUUAUAUCUCUUACUAUUAUCGCGAAUGUUGGUGUAUCGCUAGUAUCAUUCUUACGUAUAACGUUCGACGGACAACUGUAAAUACAUCUUUUCCUUUUGUAUUUUGGAUGAAAUGUAUAUUUUAAUAAAAUAUCCAAAGGUA